AUGGAUUCUGACCAAUCAUCUCAAGGACCACAACCGAUCCUGGGAACUGGUUUGAACGUCUCCCUUCAGGGCCGCCGUCAGACCAAUGGCCACGAAGAUUCCGCCAUUGCGUCAGAAGGAACCAUCAAACAACGCACCCCCGCGCCAAAAAAAGCCGCAACGCGACCGUCUCUUCACCAGCCGGCUUCGUUAAGUAGUCAAACAUCCAGCGUCGUUACUGAAUUCGCGCAUCGCAAUGAAAGAGACGACAGCAUGAAGCACGGCGAGGAAGACCCGCAGAAUAGCCUUUUUACACAGGUGUAUGAGUGGCUUCGGCGCGAGAAAUCGAAACGGAAUUUUCAUAAAUCGAAAGGUCCAUCGAUGAUGGACGGGGCUGCAAGUGAUGGUGACGAUGACGAUGAUGACGAUAAUAGCGUCCUUGUGGAAAGACCCGUGUCUCAAGGUUCUGACGCUGCAUUUGCUCUUGAUAACCUGGAGAAGAUCCUCAUCCAGUAUGCUGCUUCGCGACAGGAGGGAGGCUCUGUAAACUUCGCCCGACGCUCUGGUCGUCGGCGCCAGCAGUCCAGGGGAUUGCGUAGGGGCUCUGCUUCCGAAUCCGACUUUUCAGACUUCGAGGCGACUGCCCCUAGCGUGGAUGCAGUGCUGGACAACUCCAAGACUCUCGCUUACAGCGGCGGUAGUGCCGAGGAUGACGAUAAUGAGAACGGCGCCAAUGCUGGACGCGCGAAAGACAGAGAAGCCUGGACGGUGUUCAAGAGUGAAAUUCUCCGGCUUGCUCAUACUAUGCAGCUCAAAGGAUGGCGGAAGCUUCCCAUCGAUAUCGCUGCUGAUAUCGAGGUCGUUCGACUUAGCGGUGCCUUGACCAACGCCGUUUAUGUAGUCACGCCGCCGCAGAACAUCCCAGUGCCCAAGGCGGAGGAUGGAUCGUACUCAUUGGUGCCCAGAAAGCCACCUCCGAAGCUUUUGCUACGUAUUUAUGGACCGCAAGUGGAUCACUUGAUUGACCGGGACAAUGAGCUCCAAAUUCUUCGCCGACUCGGUCGAAAGAACAUCGGACCCAAGGUUCUGGGUACUUUCAAUAACGGACGGUUCGAAGAGUUCUUUGAAGCUCGCCCAUUGACGCCAAAGGAGCUCCGUGACCCCCCGACUAUGAAGCAAAUUGCGAAGCGGAUGAGGGAGCUGCAUGAUGGCGUUGAUCUGCUUGUGGACGAGAGGGAUGGGGGCCCCAUGGUGUUCAAGAAUUGGGACAAAUGGGUCGACCGCUGCGAGCAAGUCAUCAAUUGGCUAGACAAGGAGAUUCGAUCCGAACACAACAACAGCAAAUCGGCGACGGAGGCGUGGCGUCGGCGAGGCUUCGUCUGCGGUGUCCCCUGGCCCUCAUUCAGGAAGGCAGUGGAAGGCUAUCGAAAGUGGAUUGUUUCCAGCUGCGGAGGGAUUGAUGAGAUCAAUCGGCAGCUGGUGUUUGCGCAUAACGAUACUCAAUAUGGCAAUCUGCUUCGCAUGGAGCCCAGUCAUGAGUCCCCGCUGCUCCGACCCGAGAACGUCCAUAAGCAGCUGGUUGUGAUUGACUUUGAAUAUGCGUCAGCGAACACUCCCGGACAUGAGUUCGCCAACCACUUUACUGAAUGGUGCUACAACUAUCACGACGCGGAGCGGUCGUGGGCGUGCGACAACACGCGCUAUCCGACCCCGGAGCAGCAGCAUCGGUUUAUCAAUGCGUAUCUCAACCACCGGCCCGGAUUGCGCGAGCAGGCCUCUCCCUCCAUCACCCCCCUGAUGCGUGGUCUCUCCGCCAACACUUCUUCCUUAGCUCCUCUGGAUCUGGACGACGGACCGGACGUAGACAUGACAGCUCGCCUAGAUAUCGAGAAAGCGCACGAGAACAGCAACGAAGCAAAGAUCCAGUUCUACAUGCGCCAGACCAGACUAUGGCGUGUGCUCAACUCGGCGCAGUGGGUCGCCUGGGGAAUCGUGCAGGCCAAGGUCCCCGGCAUGGAGGAGGGCAUCGCAGCGGACGAGGCCGCCAAUGGCCACCACGAUACCAAUGGUAAUGGCGCGCACACUACUCCACCCGUGGAUGCGGACAUUGACGAGGCCGAUGAAUUCGACUACCUUGCCUAUGCACAAGACCGAGCCCUAUUCUUCUGGUCGGACCUAUUGUCGAUGAAAUUCAUCCGGGAGGACGAACUGCCCAAGGACCUGGUGGAACAGAUCCGCUCACGGAUCAUCGAGUACUAG